CUCCACUCCCCUGCACAGGCAAAGGCUUCACUUUCUCCUCCGACAUCACCACAUCCUUUCUCCGGCCCCUUCCUCCCCCGCACCGCCAGCGACCCCGACCGCCCGGCCCCCCUUCUAGAAACCGACCAAUUCGUCAGUCGUCUUCUCCAUCCGCGAUCCGCAAACAUGUCAUUCGCCCUUGUUUCCCGGCGCUCGGCCCUCACCUUCGGCCGCCGCGCGGUCCGCUUCGAGUCUACCACCUCCGAGAAGGCUACCGAGGCCGCUAAGAAGACUGCUGCUAAGGCCUCCGAGCUCUCGACCAAGGCUUCCGAGGGUCUCUCCCGCGUCAGCUCCGCCGCCGGCCCUGCCCUUGCCAAAUAUGCCAAGACCCUCUCCAGCACCCUCGGCCGCGUCGGUGGCCGCACCGGCAAGCUGAUUGCCUUCGCCGAGCGCCAGACCCCCUUCGUCAUCUACUACAGCAAGGUCGCUGCUGAGCUUGGCCGCAUUGUUUUCAGGGGCCAGAGCAUGACUCCUCCCUCCGUCUCUACCUUCAAGGCCUACUUCCAGAACUUUAUCAAGUCCGUCCAGUCCGGCUCUUUCUUUUCCAACGCCGGUGCUUCCCUCCAGAACGUCCGCAACAUCUCCAGGACACAGGUCGCCGCUGCUGGUGUUCUCCUCGCUGAGUGCCUCGGCUUUUUCACCAUCGGCGAGAUGAUCGGCCGGAUGAAGCUCAUCGGCUACCACGGCGAGACCCACGCCGCCGCCCACUAAACGGACUCCCAUCUUCCUCGAUCAUUAACUACCACCGCUUAAUGAACGUCAACCAAAGAGACUAGAGUGUUGGGCCGAACCUCAGUCACCAAUGGCCCGCGCGCGAGCAAUGGGAAGAGGCCUUACUUGAUAUCCGACAGCAAGGGGUUGUGUGUGCAGGUGUGGGCGCGUGUGCGCAACGUGUGCGUGUGUGUCAGAAGAGUGGUGGGAAAAAAAGGGAAUCCAGUUUUGGGAGGGAACGGACGGGACAGAAUACCGCGCGAAGAGAGAGAGAGAGACGAGAACGGGAAAUGAUUUCAUGGAAUAGAAUCAUAAGGCGUAACGGGGAUCACUUGUUUUUUUCUUGCUCGUUUAGAUUUUUGGCCCGACUUCUUUCUCUGCCGUUCCUAUCCCUCUCC